CUUCCAAUUCACACAGUUGAGAAAGGGAUCAGAAAUUAAAAAGAUAUUAUUUGACAAUUAUUUUGUUCCAAAUAUUGAGAGUAUAAUGAAUAUUUUUUUUUUUUUUGUAAAAAAAGGAAAAGAAAUUUCAACUGCUUUUUUUAACGACUUCUUCCAAAUAAUUUCUUUGUUGUAGGUGAGGAUUAUUAUAACAUGAUUGAAUCAGUUUUACCAAUAUUUCGUAAUUCGCUCAUAAUUCUUUCUUCUUCCGUCUUCCACCAACUUUCUAUUCUAUUAUCUUGUAAGUCUGUAUUUUGGUCCAGCCACGUGGAGUCGUUAAUAUCUCUAUUAGUAUUUAUCUUUUCCUGUAAGCUGCCAACUUCAUUUUUAACUUUUUUAAUCUGUAAGGCAACUU